AUGCAUACCUCAACUCUCAUCUACUUGUCUCUCGCUCUCACAUCCAACGCCUUUCCUUUGGCUCGUCAGUCUUCAUCUGCCACAGCCCAACCCUCUACAUACCAGCGUCGAAGCGCAGAGUACGAUGUUGUGAAUGUUGGAGGUGAUCCGGACGCUCCCCAGUCUGUCGAAACGGUCAUCCAAACCGUGACUGCCCCAGGCGCUCCUCCGCAGACUGUGACUGUGCCUGUGCUUCAAACUCCCACUUACUCGCCUUCCUCAUCGGUACCAUGGGGCAGCAGCUCUUCUGCGUACCCAACAUCGGCACCUAGCUUGUUUGCGCGCGGCUUGGAGAGCACAUACCCCGCCAGCAGCUCUUCUAGCUUCCUAUAUGCCCGCAACUGGGAAAGCACUUCAUCCCCGGCCAGCUCUUCUGCGUACCCCACACCAACGCCCUCUAGCAACCUAUAUGCGCGCAACUGGGAGAGCACUUCAUCCCCGGCCAGCUCCUCUGCGUACCCUACAUCGACCCCUUCUGGUACACUAUAUGCGCGCGCUUUGGAGAGUAGCUCGUACCCAGCCAGCAGCUCUUCUAGCUUCUUAUAUGCCCGCAACUGGGAGAGCACUUCAUCCCCGGCCAGCUCUUCUGUCUCCGCAACUGCUACCCCCGUCCCUGCCUACAUUGCGCGCGGCUUGGAGAGCACAUACCCUGCUAGCAGCUCUUCUGCCUCCUUGUUUGCCCGUGCUUGGGAAACCCCCAGCACAUACCCCGCCAGCAGCUCUUCCGCCUACGCAACUGCGACUGCCGCCCCUUCUGGCUUUAAGUUUGCACGCGCCUUGGAGAGCACCAGCACAUACCCCGCCAGCAGCUCUUCAGUCUCCCCAGUUGCCAGUGAAACGGCAGUCCCUUCCGGAUUCACAGCCAUGGACAGACUUGCACGUGCUCUGGGAACGUCCAUGAACAUCCACCGACGGGCCCAUGAUGGGGAUGCUGCCUUGGCCUACGCUCAACUUGGUGCUUAA